AGAGUUUUUCGGCAAGAUGCUGUUUAGAUUCACAGUGCGAUCGGCCUCAAAACCACUGGCACUAUUGGGUCGUGGCCUUCAUGCUGGCAGGGCGACAGUGGAGGGCACAAAGCGGUACGCUGAACAGUUUGCUUCGCUAGCUUACUCCAAUGUUCCCAAGACUGGCUGGACAGUCUCUGCUAGUGGUUUUGGCGGGUAUCGGAUACGGAAGGACGUUGAGGAACAUGAAAAUGCAUUGUCACUUGCAUUGGAAUCUGGGAUCAAUGUAAUUGACACCAGUAGCCAUUUUGAAAACGGGAGCUCUGAAGAGCUGAUCGGACGAGUUUUGGACAAGAGGAUAAAUGAAGAACUGUUGGAGCGGGAGUCCGUAGUCAUCGUCACCAAGGCCGGAUAUAUCACAAGCGCGAACUUUCCAAAUUAUCUCGACGUAGAUCACACAGUUGUUGCUGACCGCACGGCGCAUUCCCUUUCUCCCGCCUUUUUGGAAAGGGAGAUCACAGCAUCGUUGAAGAGACUUGGGUUGGAGACCAUUGACACGUUUAUGUUGAAUAAUCCCGAGAGGAUGAUGCUUGCGAAAGACAGACCAUACUCGGUACAUCAAGUGUAUGACUUAAUAGCGAAAGCCGCAACACAUCUUGACAAAGAAGUCGAACGAGGCCGAAUAGGAAGCUACGGCAUCUGCUCCCACUCUCUCCCCGUUCGUACUGCUCCCGACCACCUCCAAUUAGAUUCUAUUCUCACCGCCCUUGCCCGAGCCGACGUUAAUCUUCGUAAUUUUGUCGCAAUACAGUACCCUUUCAACCUCUUUGAACGUGACGCGUAUACUCAGUGGUUCGACGGUUCACCAUCCCUUAUGGAAAUUGCGCAUAAUAACGAGUUGUUCCAGUUCACGCAUAGGCCGCUCUAUGCGAUUGCUGGCGGUCAGAUUCGCGUGCUCUCCACUGCCCUUGGCGUGGCCGUUGAAGAUGAACCGGGGAUUAUGCACGACCUAACCAAGGCGUUCGAAGCCGUUUCUGGUUUAGAAGUUGUUCUGCCUGAAAUGCUGGGCGGUACACCAGAAGACACCGCUCUUGUGGCGAAAUUCGUGUGGGGUCAGGUUCUGUCGGAUAACUUGUCAAGACUAGCACAGAAUCUUUUUGCCGCAAAAUAUUAUUUGAAACGACAAGUUCAACCUGGUUUAGUGGCAGACCUGCAGACAUUGCGGAACAGCGUUCGAGACGCGCAUAACGAAGAAGAAGUUGUAGAGUGGGCUCGACAGUAUGGAGAGAACUUCCAGACCCUUUCCGAGACCUUCCUUCGAUUAUGUGCAGUAUCUUUACUCCGAAGCAAUGAAGACCUCGCAAAAUUGUUGGCUGCCCUUGCACCUGGCCGAAUAAAAGCGGAGAGCUCGUUGGCCUCGACUGCUGCACACGUAGCACGAUCUGCCCUUUGGGUGUCAAAUGUUGCGGGGGCUGAUCCAGCUGAGGGUCUAGAAAAAAGUGGUGGGUGUGUAUUGGUUGGGAUGCGCAAGCCUUCCUAUGUUGAGGACAUUAUAGAUGGCAUGAUGAGAAAGGAUCAGAUCCUUGGGGAAGAACAGAUAGAGAGUAUAUUCAAGUGCCCAGUUUUAGCCUAGCGCUUCAAUGGUGUGUAUAGGCAGUGGUAUUAUUGAGAAUUUCAAGUUGUAACAAACAGCCCAAAGCGAU